AGGGCGUGAAUCUGUACGUGAAGAAUCUGAGCGACAGCGUGGACAGCGAACGGCUGCUCAGAGAGUUCUCUCCGUACGGGACCAUCACCAGCGCUAAGGUGAUGACAGACGGCGGCCGCAGCCGAGGCUUCGGAUUCGUUUGCUUCUCGUCUCCCGAAGAGGCCACCAGAGCCAUCACCGAGAUGAACUGCCGCAUCAUUGAUUCCAAGCCCAUAUACGUGGCUCUGGCUCAGAAGAAGAAGGAGCGUCAGACUCUGCUCAUCCACCAACACAUGAUGAGACGCCAGCAGCUGGAGGCCUACAGGCCCAAACCACACGCUGAGCAGGUGCAGGAUCUCUCUUCAUACCACCUCACACAACCUCAGCCCAGCUCUCAAUGGGACGCACAGAGCGUCAGCCCUCGGGGUGAGCAGACCUUCUUAAACCCAUAAGACUUUGGUUCAUCUUCGAAACACAAUGAGGAUGUUUUUAAUGAAAACCAAGAGCUUUCUACUUUCUAUCUCGUUAUGGUAACCAAACAAAUCCAUAUCAAAGAUGAACCAA